AUGAAGCCAGUGGCCCUGCGCCAGGAUGAGAGCAUCUCCAGCAAGUUCCUGGGUCAUUUGGACGUUGGACGUCGCUGCAAGGUUCUCCGGACAUCCGCUCCAAAGACGGGCGAACGGCGGCGUGCCCUGGUCACUGAGGACUCCGGUCGCCAAGGCUGGAUUACUAUUGUCGACAGCAGGGGCGAGCCCUGCCUGGCACCGGCCAGUGCAGUCUCGAAGCCCUCUCUGCUGUCGCAGGUCGCCGUGGGCUCACAGCUCGAAGUGCUGUGCAUGCUCAUCGUGCGUGCCGGGGAGGCUCUCAGCAGUCCCUUCCUGGACACGCUCCUGCCACACAGCAGGAUCAAAGUGUUGGAAUUGGCACCGGAGUCCGCCUCGCAGCAGAGGAGGGCCCUCGUGUCGACCGUCUCUGUGGAGCCCAACGAGGAGCACAUCCAGGGCUGGGUCAGCCUCUGCAGCUCCACCGGGGCCCUUCUAGUCAGGCUCGCUGCCGGCGCCACCAAGCUCCCGAAGGCGAUGAAGGCUUCCGCCCACGAGGGCAAGGAGGAAAGCGCUGAUGCGAACACGCGCGUGCAGAUGGUCACGAAGCUGCUCGAGUUGGCGAGGUCGGGAGAUCUGGAGGCCUUCAAGACCAUCGCCGAGGCUGGGGUCCUGGAGCCAGGCACAGAUCGCUCGGCCCUCUCUCCGGUGUCCCCAACGAGGCACACGAAGACGCUCAUCAACCGCAGCGACAUCCGCGGCCGCACAGCGUUGAUGUACGCAUCAGCCAUCGGCAGUCGAGACAUUGUCGACUACCUCUUAAGCAAGGGGGAGGUGUACGUGAAUGCAGUGGACGAUACGCAGAAAACUGCUCUCCACCACGCAGUGAAGAGCUCGAAGGCAGAGAUCUCGCGCCUGCUACUGCGUGCUGGCGCCAUGAUCGAUGCACGCGACCACAACGGAUGCACGGCUCUGAUGCUUGCCGCCGGAACUGGCGAUGUAGACGGUGUCCAGGUCCUCCUGGAGAAGGGGGCCAAUGCGAAUGCGCGGGACUACCUGGGGAACAGCGCGCUGUCCUACGCACAGGACUUCAACCACCAGGAGGUCAUGGACAAGCUCAUCCAGGCGGGGGCCGAAGACGACGAGGAAGAGGAGGACUCCGUGGUGAAGAGCCGCAAGAAGCGAGUGAGGGCUGAGACUGUGAACCAGGAGGAUCUAGAAAAAGCAGCUGCGUUGGCGGUGCUGGACGAUGAUGACGGCCUUUCAGAGGAGGAGCAGCGCCGCGCGGGUGCACAUGAGCGCCUCAAGGAGGUCCUGGAGGGGACAGCGCUGACUCGAGAUCUGGAGGCUGCCUUGGAGGAGGCAACGCAGGCCCUGGUCGAAGAUGAGUCUCUGCUGUCCACGGCCAGAUCUCGAUUGCAAGAUCUGAAGGAUCGGGACGAUGCAAGCGACCACCUCAUGGCAGCUGUGGAAGAGGCCCGUCAGGGCUGCCGCGGCCCUGAGAACCUUCAAACUUUGCAGGAGGCGCUCGAAAAGGCCAAGGCGAAAGGCGUCGCUGAGAAGGAGCUGCAGCACGGCGAGCAGGUCUUGGCUGAGGAGAUGCCCCGUGCACAGGCUCGGCAGCAGCUGAGAGACGCCCAGGCCAAAGGCAGCAGUGCCUUGCGAGAGGCCAUCGCUUUGGCAAAGGAGGCCCGGCUCCCUGCCGAAGAGCUCCGACCUUUCGAGGAGCUGCUUUCGGGCGCCGAGUCCAAGGAGGCUGCAGCAGCAGCGCUGAAAAAGGCCACAGACGCCCGAGAUGUGGCCGCUCUCACCUUCGCCCUCCAGCAGGCCAAAGAAGCUGGCGUGGACCCCGAGCUCCUGGCAACCUCCGAGGCGGUUUUGGCCGUCGAGGCUCCCAAGCAGGAAGCUCGCGAGGCCCUGGCCACGCAGCUGGCCAAGGUGCACGCCGCAGGCGACAAGGGCCCCUCGCUGGAAGAGCUCACUGUGCUGGAAUCGGCUAUCGAAAGGGCCCGCACUGUGGAGCUGCCGGAAGCUGAGUUCGCGCAGGCCUUGGACAUUUUGGCACAGGAGCAGCAGCGUGCUAUGUGCAAGAAGGAGGUAGCGAAAGUCGUGGAGAAGCUGAAGGACGUCGACCGGAACAGCAUGGAGGCCCUGGAAGCAGCCAAAGAGGAGCUGUUCAACGCCCUCUUGGCUGCCAAGGCCGUCGAGGUCCCGUCCGCUGCCCUGCGGGAGGCCGACGGCUUGAGGAGAAGGAUCCACAACGCCUUGGAGGACCUGAAAGGGUCGAUUCGCGUCUUCUGCCGCAUCCGGCCGAUCAACAAGCGCGAGAAGGAGCUCCAGGACGUGGAUGUGACGGAGCUCGUAGACUCGAUGACAGUGAACACCCAGAAGCCAUCCUAUGGCUCGAUUGCAAACGACCCGGAGCAGUUCAACUUCGAUGCCGUCUUCAAGCCCGGCACGCAGGCAGAGGUCUUCGACACUUGCAAAGACCUGGUUCAGUCGGCCUUAGAUGGCUACAACGUGGCGAUGUUCGCGUAUGGGCAGACCGGCGCUGGAAAGACCUUCACCAUGUACGGCAGUGGAACUGGGGACAACGCAGGCACGGCCCCACGGACCAUUUCCGAGCUGUACCGCUUGAUCAAGCAAGACGAAGAUCGAGUUCAAUUCACGGUCAUGGCCAGCAUGAUGGAGCUUUAUCGCAACGAGCUGGUCGAUCUUCUGGUUCCCAAGAGCACCGGCAAUUCCCCGAAGCGGAGGAGUCAAAAUCCUGGUUCGGCGGCUUUGGAGCAGAAGCUCAACGUCCGCGUGGACAAGUCCGGCGCGGUGCAAAUUGAGCACCUGCGGGAGGAGGAGUGCAAGACAGCGGAGGCUUUGUCUGAUCUCUUGGAGCGAGGAAAUCAGAUGAGGACCGUCUGCGCCACCAAGAUGAACAGCGAGAGUUCACGGUCGCAUUUGAUCCUCAUCAUCCGAGUCGUUGGUGUUAACAAGCAGACGGAGCAGAAGCUCAGCGGAAAGAUUCUUCUGUGCGAUCUGGCCGGGUCCGAGCGGUUGAAAAAGUCCGACGUUUCCGGCGACGCGCAGAAGGAAGCCAUCGAGAUCAACAAGUCAUUAACAGCUUUGGGCGAUGUCAUGGAGUCCUUGGUGAAAGGUGCUGCGCACGUGCCAUACAAGAACCACAAGCUCACCCAAGUGAUGUCUGAUGCCUUGGGCGGGACGUCGAAGACCCUGAUGUUCGUGAACUGCUCGCCGGCGAGCUCCAACUACGAGGAGACGGUGAUGACGUUGAAGUUUGCAACCCGGGCGAAGACGAUAACGAACGACGUGAAGCGGAAGAUGGUCGCAAAAGCGAAACCUAUGCCCAAGGCAUAG